AUGGGAUCGGGCACAGAAUCGAUGGCUUUACGUUCUCAAGAAGUAAACAUUGGUCAAAUAGUCGUUGGAUAUAGUGUAGGAUGGUCUGCCCCGAUUAUACCUAAGCUACAAGACCCAGAGCAAACGCCUCUACCUGGACGUAUAACGGAUCUGCAAGCAUCGUGGGUGGGAUCUUUACUCUACAUUGGAGCGAUGGUUGGGCCAUAUGUCACAGGAAUCCUUUCGAAUGUGAUCGGUCGCAAACCAUGUUUGAUCAUAGGUGGAUGUCUGAAUAUUGUAUCAUACAUCCUCGUGGUGACUACUACUAAUAUUGCCAUGAUUUAUGCUGUGAGGGUUAUUAGUGGCCUGGGUAUGGGCAUCACUAUUGUUGGCAAUAUUGUCUACGUUGGUGAAAUUGCGUCAACUCAUAUCCGAGGCAUGCUUCUAACUUCUACUUCAAUUGUGGGUAUAUCAGGAACCCUAUUGGUGUACUCGGUGGUCCCAUUUGUGUCAUAUGUAGUAACUGGAUAUAUCCCAUUGGUUAUCAGCAUAGUUCAUGUUAUAUGUUUAUUUUUUAUACCAGAAUCUCCUGUUUAUUAUGUAAUGAAAGAAAAAGAUGUAACAGCCACAAAGACCCUCAAUUUAUUGGGACGAUCUGCAGAGGUGGAGAAGGUUCUAGAAACUUUUGCAUAUAAAAAGGGAGAAACUUCGACCAAAAUCAAAGAUUGGACAGAAAUAUUCACUAUAAAGUCUAACAGAUGGUCUCUCUUCAUCACAUUUACCUUGGGAGCUUUCCAGCAAACUAGUGGUGUAGCAGUGGUGCUAUUCUUUGCAACGACAAUAUUUAACCUUGCUGGUUCAACAAUUAGGUCUGAUGUAGCCACUAUCAUAAUUGGAGUGACGAGGCUUGUAGCUGGUAUAAUAGCUCCAACAUUUGUGGAAAGAUCUGGAAGAAAACUUUUACUUUUAAUCUCAAUGGCAGCAUGUGCUGUUAGCUUGUCCGUUCUAGGUUUGUACUUUUACUUGGAUAGAGUAGAAAGUCCGGCAGUCGAGUCCAUUGGUUGGCUUCCUCUGGUUGCACUUAUUGUCUACUUCUUCUGUUAUGAGGCUGGUUUUGGUACAAUACCAAAUGCUAUCGUAGGUGAAAUGUUUAGAGCAAAUGUUCGUUCUAAUGGAUCCGCUCUUGCAAUCACUCUUACUUGGCUGGUUGGAUUUGGUUUGACCACGAGUUUUACUACAAUGGUAGAUGUCUUGGGCGGCGAUGUUACCUUCUGGCUCUUCGGAGGCUCUUGUAUAUUGGCUUUUCUGUUUACAUACUUUUGUUUACCUGAAACAAAAGGAAAAACUUUGAAUGAAAUACAGGAUAUGUUGAGU